AUGGCGAACAACACGUCGGACCACGCCCCCCAGAACUCGACCAAUGAGGCGCAGGACGGAGACUUCGGUGUGACCACGGCGGAGCUCAGGGACCUGAUGGAGCUUCGCAGCGCCGAGGCCUGCACUAAGAUCCGGGAAGACUAUGGAGACGUGAGCGCCAUCUGCAGGAGGCUCAAGAGCUCACCCAUCGAAGGUCUCUCGGGAAACCCCUUGGAUCUGGAGAAGCGUUACGCGGCAUUCGGCAGAAACUUCAUACCUCCGAAAAAAGCCAAAACAUUUCUGCAGCUGGUGUGGGAGGCUCUGCAGGACGUGACUCUGAUCAUCUUGGAGAUUGCUGCUAUUAUCUCCCUGGGCCUGUCCUUCUACCACCCACCAGGGGGCGACAGUGAGGCGUGUGGUCAGGCAGCAGCUGGCGUGGAGGAUGAGGGCGAGGCUCAGGCCGGCUGGAUUGAGGGGGCGGCCAUCUUGUUUUCUGUCAUCAUCGUUGUCUUGGUAACGGCGUUUAACGACUGGUCCAAAGAGAAGCAGUUCCGGGGGCUCCAGUCGCGGAUCGAGCAGGAGCAGAAGUUCACCGUGAUCCGUAAAGGACAGGUCAUCCAGAUCCCAGUAGCCGAGCUGGUGGUGGGGGACAUUGCCCAGAUCAAGUAUGGGGACCUGCUUCCUGCUGAUGGGAUCCUGAUUCAGGGAAAUGACCUGAAGAUCGACGAGAGUUCUCUGACCGGAGAAAGUGACCAUGUGAGGAAGAGUUUGGAGAAGGACCCCAUGUUGCUGUCAGGCACACAUGUGAUGGAGGGCUCUGGUCGUAUGGUGGUCUCUGCUGUGGGACUGAACUCUCAGACCGGAAUCAUUUUCACGCUGUUGGGAGCAAGUGAGAACGACGAGGAGAAGAAGGUCAAGAAAAGUAAGAAACGUAAAAAACCAGGACCCCCUGAAAACCGCAACAAAGCUCCCACUAAAGAUGGCAUCGCUCUGGAGAUCCAGCCGCUAAAGAGCGACGAGGCCGGAGAGCCGCUGGAGCAGGAGGAGGUGAAAGAGGAGGUGAAACCAGCCAAGAAGGUCAAUGUCACCAAGAAGGAGAAGUCUGUGCUGCAGGGGAAGCUGACCCGGCUGGCCGUGCAGAUCGGAAAAGCAGGUCUCAUCAUGUCGGCUGUUACCGUGGUGAUCCUCAUCCUGUACUUUGUGAUUGACACGUUCGGGGUGCAGGGCCGGUCGUGGGUGGCAGAGUGCACCCCCAUCUACAUUCAGUACUUUGUCAAGUUCUUCAUCAUUGGCGUCACGGUCCUGGUAGUCGCAGUGCCAGAGGGCCUGCCACUGGCCGUCACCAUCAGCCUGGCCUACUCUGUCAAGAAAAUGAUGAAGGACAACAACCUGGUGCGGCACCUUGACGCCUGCGAGACUAUGGGGAAUGCCACGGCCAUCUGUUCAGACAAGACCGGCACUCUGACCAUGAACCGCAUGACCGUGGUGCAGUCGUACAUGGGAGACACACAUUACAAGAGUGUCCCAGAACCCUCGCAGAUCCAAGCCCAGAUCCUGGAGGUCCUGGUCAACUCUAUCUCCAUCAACUCAGCCUACACCACUAAGAUCCUGCCUCCAGAGAAAGAGGGUGGUCUUCCUCGACACGUGGGCAACAAGACUGAAUGCGCCCUCUUGGGGUUCGUGCUGGACUUACACCGUGACUAUCAGCCAAUCAGAGAGGAGAUCCCAGAGGAGAAGCUCUACAAAGUCUACACCUUCAACUCAUCCAGGAAGUCCAUGAGCACGGUGCUGAAGACUGCAGAGGGCGGCUUCCGCAUGUACAGCAAGGGAGCGUCAGAGAUUGUGCUCCGAAAAUGUUCCCGGAUCCUGGACUCGCAGGGACAGCCGCGGGUCUUCAAGCCCAAAGACCGGGACGAGAUGGUCCGAAAGGUGAUCGAGCCCAUGGCGUGUGACGGCCUGAGGACUAUCUGUGUGGCCUACAGGGACUUCCCCCCGGACCAGGAACCAGACUGGGAACAGGAGAACAGCAUCCUAUCAGAGCUCACCUGCAUCACGGUGGUGGGCAUAGAAGACCCAGUGAGGCCAGAGGUGCCAGAAGCCAUCUCAAAGUGCCAGCGUGCCGGUAUCACCGUGAGGAUGGUGACUGGAGACAACAUCAACACAGCCCGCGCCAUCGCGACCAAGUGCGGCAUCCUGCUGCCGAACGAGGAGUUUCUGUGUAUGGAGGGGAAGGAAUUCAACACACAGAUCCGCAACGAGAAGGGAGAGGUGGAGCAGGAGCGACUGGACAAAGUUUGGCCCAAACUCCGAGUUCUGGCUAGAUCCUCACCGACAGACAAACACACAUUGGUCAAAGGUAUAAUCGACAGCACGGUUGGUGAGACUCGGCAGGUUGUGGCUGUGACCGGAGACGGAACAAACGACGGACCGGCUCUGAAGAAGGCCGACGUGGGCUUUGCCAUGGGCAUCGCUGGCACAGACGUGGCAAAAGAGGCCUCUGACAUCAUCCUCACAGAUGAUAACUUCACGUCGAUCGUUAAAGCCGUGAUGUGGGGACGCAACGUGUACGAUUCCAUCAGCAAGUUCCUCCAGUUCCAGCUCACCGUGAACGUGGUGGCGGUGAUCGUGGCCUUCACCGGGGCCUGCAUCACCCAGGACUCUCCGCUGAAGGCUGUGCAGAUGCUGUGGGUGAACCUCAUUAUGGACACGUUAGCAUCCUUAGCGUUAGCCACAGAGCCGCCCACAGAGUCGCUGUUGCUACGGAAACCUUACGGACGCAACAAGCCUUUGAUUUCUAGGACCAUGAUGAAGAACAUCUUGGGACAUGCAGUCUACCAGCUCGUCAUCAUCUUCACACUACUUUUUGCCGGGGAGAAGAUCUUCGACAUCGACUCGGGCCGGAACACACCGCUGCACUCGCCGCCCUCCGAACACUACACCAUCGUCUUCAAUGUCUUCGUCAUGAUGCAGCUAUUCAACGAGAUCAAUGCUCGCAAGAUCCACGGAGAGAGGAACGUCUUUGAAGACAUCUACAGGAACCCAAUCUUCUGCUCUGUGGUGCUGGGGACCUUUGUCCUGCAGAUCAUCAUCGUGCAGUUUGGGGGAAAGCCGUUCUCGUGUACGGCUCUGACUAUCGACCAGUGGCUCUGGUGCGUGUUCAUCGGAGUCGGAGAGCUGCUGUGGGGCCAGCUGGUGACGUCUGUCCCCACUCAUCACCUGAAGUUCCUGAAGGAGGCAGGACACGGGAUCACCAAAGAGGAAAUCCCAGAAGAAGAACUUCCUGAAGGAGCUGACGAGAUUGACCACGCAGAGAUGGAGAUGAGGAGAGGCCAGAUCCUGUGGUUCAGGGGCCUGAACCGGAUCCAGACCCAGAUUAAAGUGGUGAAUGCGUUCCGGUCCUCGCUGUACCCGGGUCUGGAGAGUCCUGAGUCCAGAAGCUCCAUCCACUCCUUCAUGUCCCACCCCGAGUUUGUCCCAAUGUCCGAAGAGGAGUCCAGGGUCCCUGAGUCCAUCGAGGAGAGUUUGGACGAAAUCCAAAGGGCUUUAGUCCAGACCCGGGUGAGACCGGUCCCAGCACUGCUCCAACUCGACUGGGUCAAAACCACCUCCACCCCUCCCUUCCUCCUCAGGCCCUAA